AUAAAACUAUUCGUGCAUCCAUGUUGUCAAAGAUGCUGGAAACACACAAGCCUUACUUGCUGAUUCUUGAUGAUGUGUGGAGCCGUUUCGAACUUGAAGAUGUUGGAGUUCCUGAGCCAAAUGUGUCUAAUGGCUGCAAGUUAGUAUUGACUACACGGUUACAAGAGGUUGCUCGUUCAAUGGGUUGUAGAAGAAUCAAAGUGGAGACUCUUUCAAAAGAUGAAGCUCUGAAAUUGUUUUUAAAUAAAGUUGGAGAUGCAGCUUUAUCAUGUACAGGAGGAGGCAUUAAAAGGGAUUUAGAAUCAACUUUGAAGGACAUUGUGGAUGAAUGUGAUGGUCUUCCAUUGGCACUUAUUACAGUUGCUGGCAGCUUAAAAGGAAUAUCUGAGUCACGGUUGUGGAGUGUUGCACUGAAUGAAUUGAGAGAUUGCAACAGAAAUGUAGCAGGUGUAGAUGCUGAUGAAUUUCGGAUAUUAAAGUUCAGUUAUGAUCGUUUGAAGAACCAAAAGAUUCAAUAUUGUUUCUUAUACUGUGCAUUGUAUCCUGAGGAUUGCAAGAUUUUGGAGGAGAAAAUAAUUGAACGUUGGAUUGACGAGGGGUUUAUAGAUGAAAUGGACUCUCGGCAAUCAAUGAAGGAUGCGGGUUAUGGUUUUUUGAAGAAGCUUGAAGACAAUAGCUUGUUGGAAUUGAUUGAAGGUGAAUUUUUUGGAGAUUGUGUGAGCAUGCAUGAUCUUAUCAGGGACAUGGCCUUGCACAUUACACAAACGAGCCCUCGGUUCUUGGUUGCAGCUGGCAAGUCAUUGACAGAGCUACCAGAGAAGGUAAAAUGUACAGAAGAUGUUGAAAAGGUUUCAUUAAUGUCUAAUUCUAUUGAAGAAAUUCCAUCGAGCUUUGCAUUUUCAACAUGCCCAAGGCUCACAACCUUGCUGCUGGCCAGUAACAAAUUGUCAACAAUUCCAGAAUCUGUCUUUGAGCACAUGCCAGAGCUAAAAAUUCUAGAUCUGUCCUUCAAUUGGGAGCUAAGUAGCUUGCCAAAUUCCAUCUCCAAAUUGGUGAAGCUUACUACAUUGUUGUUGGAAUCAACAUCCUUAGAAAAGGUACCAUCUUUAUCAGGCCUUGGAUCUUUGAAAAAGUUAAACCUUAGGGGGACAAAAAUCAAGGAAGUCCCCGAAGGCCUGGGAAUGUUGAAGGAUUUGAAAUGUCUUUUUCUUUGUGGAUCAGAAAGAGGUCACAAUCUUGAAAUAGAUGAAAUAGCAGAUGGAGUAUUGUUAAAUCUCUCCAAACUUGAGGAACUAAUUGUAAAUUGGAGCAGAAUAAAAUUGAAGGGGGACGUGGUUGGGAGAUUGAAGAAGUUGGAAGUUUUUCAUGGUUGGUUCCCCACUGUGAAUGAAAUGAGAAUCUUUCUCAAAUGUCAACCUACUAGGCUGGGUGACUAUUUUAUUAAUGUUGGAAGCGAAUUGGUUCUGGAUUAUCGUUUUCGACAAAUUCUGCCAACAUAUGGGAAAAUUAAGAAAAUAGUGGUGUUCAGGAAGACUAGUAUUGUUGGAGAGAAUAUGUUAUUUCCCUCCAUACAAGCAUUAUGUGUUGACGCUUGCCACGACAUAAGAAGCUUAAAUGAUUUUUCAACAAUCAAUGAUGCAACAGAUUUGAGGGAAUGUUGCAUUCUGGAUUGUGAUGGCAUGGAGUGCAUUUUUUCCUCGUUGAUAAACAACCCAGUCGUCCAAACCGUUGAGCAUCUGAAUCUUUGUGGUUUGCACAAAUUGGAUGGGCUAUUUGAAGCAAACAUCAUUGCGAAGUCAUCACCUCCACCUAGGACAUUUUCAUCUCUUGUGGUAGUUAAAAUUUCUUCAUGCAGUAAAUUAAAGAAGUUGUUUCCAUCUUGGAAGUUGGUGGAUUAUCUGCAAAGUCUAAGGAGGAUUGAAGUCUUCGGUUGUAUAGAAAUGGAAGAAAUAAUAGGAUUAGAUCCAGAAGAACAAGGAGAAGAAGGAGAGGACAUCAUCAAGAAGCUCAUUCUUCCGAGACUAACACUCCUGAAAUUGUGGGCAUUGCCUGCAUUGAAGAGCAUCUGUACCAGGAGGGCAGUAAUGGUAUGUGAUUCUCUUGAAGAGAUUAAAAUCUAUGAUUGCAAGGGCUUAAGGAGGAUUCCUUUUCAUCUCCCUCCUAAUCUAUCUCUUGCUUGGUUGGACAACUUGGAUUGGGCGUUUGAAGAAGAAUUGAUUGCCAUGUCACCACCUCAGCCUAGCACCUUUUCAUCUCUUAAAGAAGUUAAUGUUCAGCAAUGCAAAAGAGGAAAUAAGUUGUUUCCAUCUUGGAAGUUGGUGGAAUAUCUCCAAAGUCUUGAGAAGAUUGAAGUCUUCGAUUGUGAAGAAAUGGAAGAAAUAAUAGCAUCGGAUCCAGAAGAAGAAGGAGAAGAAGGAGGGGACACCAUCAAGAAGCUCAUUCUUCCAAAAUUAAAAGAGCUGAGUUUACAAGACUUGCCAGCAUUGAAGAGCAUCUGUAGCAGGAGGGCAGUAAUGGUAUGUGAUUCUCUUGAAGAGAUUAGAAUUUGUGGUUGCAAGGGCCUAAGGAGGAUGCCUCUUUCUCUUCCCCUGGUUGAUAACGCCCAACCAUCUCCUCCUCCUCCCCUCAAAACAAUCUACAUACGUCAACGAGAAGAGGAAUGGUGGGAAUCGUUGGAGUGGGACCAUCCCAACGCAAAGGAUCUCCUUCGACCCAUGGUUAAAUUUUUCAGCACACAAUAAUCGGAGUCGAAAGAGUCGGAAUCGGUGGAUUCUCCACAAGAUUGAAAGAUUAUACAUUAUCGGAGUUGGAACAGUCAGAAUCGAAGGGUUAUCCAGAAGAUUGAAAGUGGAUCAAGAAGCUGGUUCAUUCGGCCAGUCUGUUGUUGCUUUUCCUUCUGGGCUUCGAAGGAUAUCCCUUCUACUACCCUUGUGGAUUGUUUUAGGGUGAUUCUUUUGUUUUCAUACCGUGUGUAAAUUAAUUGUUUUGAAAACUGAUUUAGAACACCAUUUGUAUUCUUAUGUAUUUUGUUGCAUUGUUAUGUAUCUUGGUUGUACCAUGUACAUACAUAAAUAUGUGUUUUCAAUCUAAUCUUUGAUGAAUUAGUUGGAGAGAAAGCAGUAAUUCCAAUCCACAACAAUCAAAUCACCAAUUCAUUGUUUCUCUUCUUCUUUGUUCUUUCUUCUUGUUGUUCUCUUCUGUUUUGUGAUUGCUUCUUGUUCAACAAUACAAGAACACUGGGAGC